GCGCAUAUUACGCGCUGUUAUAUUCUAGUAUUAGUAAAAUUUUAUAUACACACACACAUAAAUGCCAAGGAUGUAUAUUUUGUUACAAUGCACAUUCAGGAAAAAAAUUAAACAUUUUAUUCAAGCACGAAGAUAGCAUUAUUUUCACCGUGUUAUGAUAAUUUUAAUGUGUGUGCAUGGUAACAUAAGAAGAAUGAACAUAUCUCUGACUCUGCGAAUGUGUAGAGUCGACUACUCCGUAGUGCGAAAUUAGUUAAAACAAAUCAAAAUACAUGUGUCAUGCGCAUUCAGAGGUGAAUUUGUAACACUCCGUUAAACCCAUACAUUAGGACAUCUAGUAGAAACCAAUGAGGGAUUCAAUUCAAACUAUUCAAAGAACAGUUUAAUGCACACGAGAGCCGUAUUGGUGCAAGUAGAUAAAGCAGACGCUAUUGUAUCUUAUGCAACCUCUUCCUAAAGACGAACCAACUGCAUCCACCUCCGCGAAUGCGCAAGCAUCGAAUAACAAACAGAUACAAGGGAAGUAAGUGAAUUGACAUACAAGUGAUUCUAGCAGCCUAACAUUAUUGCGCUUAAUAUAAUCGAUCCUAAGGGCAACGCUCGUAGCAAAACCAUUUCCAUUUAGCCAAGCAAUCCCGGGAAUAUACACCGAUACUGCGGUGUGUACUCUAAAUUAUAGAGUCGCUAAAUGAUGCAAAAUUACGUGCCCCGAUAGAUCGAUCGGGAUAGCGGGGGAGAUAGACGAGGACGAGGAAUGGGAUGCCAACACCUGCUGUCACCGGGCGACUUUCUGCAACCCAGUGCUACGGGAGAUCCUCGUGACCGACGUGAUCUCCACGUGCUUCGAGCUACAGCUGACAUGGGCGGACCUUUUCCGGCUCGCGACCGCGUGCGGCAUGACCCUGCUGGCCUGGGCCGUUUUGUACUUCCUGCUGGGCGACAUGGUACUGCCAGGCGGCAGUAUAUUUGGCCUCCUUGUCCUCGUUGUUCUUUCCUACGCGCUCGGUUGGUCCCUCGCCUGCAUUCCCCGGCUGCACCUACCGCCCAUCUUCGGCAUGCUCCUCGCCGGUAUAAUACUACGUAAUACCGACGUCUACAAUAUACAUGAGAUGCUCGGGCCGGGCACGACCUCCAAGAUCAGAACUUUCUGCCUGACCUUCAUCAUGGUACGUGCCGGCCUGCAGCUGACGACAACCGCGCUGAGAGCGCACCCGGUAUUCGUAAUGAUCUUAGCGCUCGUCCCGUGUACCGUCGAGACGUUGGCGGUCACUGUUUCGUGCAAAUAUCUCCUCGAAUUCCCAUGGAAUUGGUCUUUCAUGACGGGAACGAUCAUAGCCUGCAUGUCUCCUGUAGUAACGGUCAGCUGUUUGCUGAACUUAGCUGAACAAGGCUAUGGAGAAGACAAAGGAUUUGCCAGCUUGUUGUGCACUGCGUCAUCUAUCGACGAUGUCCACAUCGUGUCUCUGUUUUCCAUCUGCUUCUCUUUCGUUUUUAGCAACGAUGACAAGAGAACAGAAUGGUGGUCCUAUAUCCCCGGCGGGAUUCGAGAUUUCCUCCUGGGACUUAUAGCGGGAAUUAUCUUGGGCUUCGCCCUGGUCUUUUUCCCUCAUCGCAAUCACAAAUACGCAACGUUGUAUCGCAUUGGUGGCUUAGCUCUCGCGUCUUUAACGUGCACUACGGCAGCAACGAGACUAGCGUUCACAGGUGGAGGAUAUCUCGCCACUAUUCUACUAUCCUUCAUAGCUGUACAUGGAUGGCGAAUCUUAACCAUUUCAUACGAUACGAUGCCUUUUCACAAGGCGUUUUAUUUCCUAUGGUAUUUCGUGCAGCCGAUUUUAGGAGGCGUGAUUGGCGCCGAUAUUGACUUUAGAAACUGGGCUAUAUCCAGAUUCGGACUUUACCUCGCUUGUGUACUCGUGGGAAUAUCCGUGCGCAUUACUACCGUCUUUUUAACGACAAUCCGAAUGCCUUUCACGUGGAAAGAACGACUCUUCGUCGCCAUAGCUUGGAUACCUAAGGGAACUUUACAGGCAGCAUUAGCGCCCAUGGCGUUUGAGCAUGCUAGAAAAGAAGGCGACCCCGUGAAAAUAGAAUUGGCCCUCGACGUAGUGAGGAUAUCCGUGAUUGCCAUAGUCUUUCUAGCGCCACUCGGCGCAUUCGGCAUAAUGACUAGCGGUCCCUAUUUCCUGAACAAGAUCAGUAUCGAGGAACACCAAAAGGAGCGGGAAUUGAGCUACAUGCACAUUGUCGCUCUGCAACCUGUUAGAAGGCGCAAAAAAAAGAAGAAAUCAGUCCAGGCUUGGACGUUUCUUGCAUAUUUCCGAAGUUUUGCUUCAUCUUCAUUCGCUACCACGUUAGCAUCGCGCCGGAAUCUAUUAAGGCAUUCAUCUAGAAUAUCUAGAUUCUCGAGAGUAUCAUCCUCGCUGCGUAUUAUAUUUUCCAAGAGUGUAACGCAACGGUACUAUCGCCGUGCGGAAAUGACUCCGAGCGUCUUACGUUACCUCGUCGUGCUGCACGUUUAAGGUGGCCACGUUGACGUAAACAAAUGCGGGGAACGAGACGAGAUGCUACCGCGUCGCGCAUUUAUGGUAUGUAUACGCAAGACCGUAUGUUUCUGCAUUUAAAGCGCGAGCGAGCGUGCGGGCGCAGGUUGUUUGGUGUCUCUGAGACGAUCAUUAUUGGCAAAGUGAAACUGGGGCAGCGUCGCCUGCUCGAGCGACGUGAUAGGAACAUUGUGCUUAUUGUUCGCAAAUAGAAUCGUACGCGGUGACGAGGCGCGUGGCGCCGAGAUAACGAGAUGCGAAGGGCGAUGAUGCCUUUUUCCGUAUGCGACGCGGAUCGAUAGUUUCUACGAAAAGUAAAUCGGGAACCCUGAUCGUAUCCUACGAUUACAAGGCUAUUAUCCAAUCUGACACAGGGCCGAAUUAGCUUCCAAGCCUAAUUUAAGCUAUUGUCUAGGGGCGGCAAAUUUAGAAGGACGGCAUUUUGUAAAACAGUUUUUUUUUUAACUUGUAGUGGCUGACGCAAUCAACUAAAAUCUUUUGCAUAAAAUAAUAUAAGAAGAAAGCAGAAUUUGCAGAAUAUAAAAUUUGAUUAAUUUAAGUUACACUUGAGGCUUGAAUAA